UUCGGGAUAUAGUUGCUUCUGAUGCGACGGGUGUCGCUGUUCACCACUCGGAACCAGAUGCGUCGCGGCUGCAGCCGAUGACGGCGCCGUUGCUCGAUGCCAUCUGCAACGGAUUGAUCGAAGGGGUCAACAUCAUGAACAAGGGCGGGUUCCAGGAGUUGGAGCGCCGACUUGGCUGGAACUGGGGCCCCCAUUUGCCUGGGCGGGUUCGGAAACUCAAGCCGCUCGAGACAGUCAUGUUUGAUUGGAUGCAUUGUAUUUUCGUCAACGGUACAUAUAACAUUCUGGUGUUCCAAAUGUUUCGAAGGUUGAAGGGUUACUGGGCGCGCGCAGGCGCAUAUUUCCAGGACUGGUCGUUUCCAGGGUGCCACUCCAUCUCCCCCGACACGUGCGCGAUCUUCGGCGAGAAGCGCGUGAGGUCCCACGUUGACAGCAAGCAUUUCAAGUGCACCGCCAGCGAGGGGCUCACAACCAUGCAAGUGGCUAGCGACGCUGCAGCGCCUGCAGUCCGAUCUGCUUGCGCAGUGUUCGAGGCGCACACGAUCGUUGUGGAAGAAAUCCUACGAGUAUCCAGGCGUCAGGCAGACGCGGAUAAGCUGCAGGCUGCGGUUAACAUGUUUUUGCUGUCAUACAGCAGCGUCUUUGGCAAGGAAACGAUGGCGCAGAAGUUCCAUUACCUGCACCACUUCGCCAACUACGUGAGGCGUUGGGGCCAUGUGGCGCUGCCGUCGCGCUGGGUUUUGGGGCGCAAGCACAAGACCAGCAAGCGCUUUGCGAACGCUCUUCAGGUGGGGGCUGCAGCCUCCAGCGGCUGGGGCGCCAAUGUCCUGAAGAGCGUCACCGAGCGGCACCUGUGGCAGCUCAUGGAUGGCGACACCUUUAAGGUUAACUGCCUGGUUAACGCCACCAGGCCGUCCAAGGCCAUCUCGCGCGAACUGCUGCAGCAGUUCGGGCCUGCGGACUUUGUUACGUCCGCUGCAGCGCGGUGCCGCUGCCACGACGUCAAAUACGGCGACGUCGUGCUGUUGGAGGACGGAGGAGGGGAACACAUUGCGGCCGAGGUGUUGAAACACCUCUCCUUCACCAAGAACGGCCACUACUAUGGCUUGAACUUGGUCCUGCCCUACUUCUUCAAGGAGAAGCUGCACCCGCGCGCCUCCGCGCACGUGCUUGGCGGCGAUGCCGACGCCUUUUGGGCGCACACGGCGAGCAUCGUGUGCUCGCUCGCGUGGGCGCCGCGCGAGGGCGGCGGCAUCC